AUGGAUUAUCUCACAUAAGAUGAAGUAGGCGGUAUCGUUGCCAAAGGUCUAGCAGCUCUCUAUUUAGAAAGGCCAUAAUUUCCGAUUGAUUAUCUUGCCAAGUGGCUACUCACUUACUCAGAAUUGCUUAAAAAAUAAAAGACAAGGGAAGAAAGAUAACAUGUGAAAGAAACAAAAAUUAAGGAAUUUAAAGUUCUAACUGAACAAUUAGCAUAUCUGUAAGAAGAGAGUCUAAGACUUGAAAAUUUGUAGAAGGAGAAACAUGAAUAAUUUUUGGAAUCAAUUAAAUAGGCAAAAUAUCAUGAUGAAUUCUUGGGUGAUGUAUUCUGUGAUUAUGUGGCAAAGCGAUUUAGAGUGAAUACUUAUGUUUGUGAGCUCGAUUUUCCAAAAAAGGAGAUUGAUUUAAAUUAGGAAGAUGAUGAAAAUGCUCACAUCAAUUUAGAAGGAACAAAACUAUUGACAUAUAUUUAUGCUGAUCAAAAUUCUAAAUUCCUUGUUGGUCAAACUUUGCUCCCAGAAACAGGAGUUACAUAUGAUGCAUUGAAAGAACCACAGCCAGAUGAAAAUGGUGAAGUAGUUUAAACUAAUGGAAUCUAUGUUGAAGAUGUUGUCAAGGAACCUAGAAUCGUAUAUCACAAAUGGCCUAAAUUGGGUGCCUAUAAUGCAAUCCCGCUUAUAUAUUAGAGUUGUCUUUAUGAACAAUCUUUUGAUUAAGGUAUUGAGCAGAGAUCACAAUAUUUAAUACUAAAAGAGAAUCAAGACAAAGAAAGAUCAGCAAAAGAAGCAGAAUUUGAGGAAAGACUUGAAUCUGAAGAUCCAGCAAUCAUUGAAUAGGAAAAAUAAGCUUAUUUAGCAAGUUUAGAACCUCUUUUGGAGCCAUCUUUUGCAUAGUAAAAAAAGGAGUAUGUAUUUUGCAUUGACACUUUGGGUUAAGAUAGAUAAAUACCUGAAAAUCAUAGAACAGAAAUUUUGGAUUUAGUUAAUUUGUUAAUUAAAUAAUGGGAACUCUAAGAAAUACAGUCGAUGAAGGCUGAUGUUGAGUUAUAAUUACAUUAUUAAUCUAAUUUGGGUGCUCCAUUCAAAGAAAUAUUAGAAAAUUGGGCAUUAGAGGAAGAAUAAUACAUUGAUAGUCACUCAGAGAAAUUAGCAGAAUUCAAAGAGAAUGAAAAAUUAUUAUCAUAUGAGACUGAUUGUUUGAGAUUAGAAAGAUUAAGGGAGAAAUUAAGUGAUAAGGAAUUUAUUUAACCACUCUUAAAUCUGAGUAAUUGCAGAAUUAUCAAAUUCAAUACGAUCAUCUAGGCAGGUCUAUAUUUAAUCGGAGCCAAUAAAAUAGAUAUCAAUUUACCUGAUACCAAUAGAUUGAACAUAAGAAAAUUGGUUCUUGAUGAGAAUCUCAUUCAAUAGAUAGUGGCCUACAAUCAUAAAGGACCUAAGCCAGAACCAUAAUACAAGUGGUGUUAUGUUGAUAGAGUUUAGAAAAGAGUUGAAAAAAUUGAAUAAGAAUAAGUUGAUGCAUAUAAUCUAAUUUUGGGAAGAUUGCUGAAAUUUUUAUAAUUGACUUGUAAGUUAAGAAAACUAGAUAUUGAAAUAAGAAGAGAAAAUAUUGCUAAUAAAAGGAAGUAAAUUGAAUAAUUGAAGGAAGAGGCAUCAAAAUUGUUAGAACAAAAAGAAUAAGCAUUGAAGGAACAUAAAGAAUAACUAUCCCCUGAAGAAUUAGAAGAAUUUAAUUAAGAAGAAUGGGAAGUUAAUUUUGAUAGUGAACAUCCAAUGCCAGAAAUACCUGAGAAUCCAGCAGAUGAGAUUGAUGAUGAUUAUAUUAUUGAGCCACCUUAACAAUGAAAGAAUAUUCAAAAUAAUAUCAAUUAAAUUAAUUUACAAUUGUAAUAUUA